UAUUGCACUUUUAAAAGCCAUUUUUUAUCAAACGAAUUGUGCGUGUUAUAAGCAGCAGGUUAGCACGCAUUGGAGCAUGCAAUGCCUAUUUGUAAUAUGAUAUGGUCGCCCACUCGCGCAAAAGUUUAAAUUUAAAUACCUCCGGUUUGGCGGCUUAGAAUGAAUGAAUUAAAUUGGCUUUUUGUCGCUUCCUUCACGUUAACGUAUACAACAAUGAAAUAAGCAGGUAAAACGAGAGUAGCUAUAACACGACUAAGGUAAAAUAACAAAAAUAUUCGAUAAAAAGUUAUAAUCAAAAUGUGUUCCUAAAAAGUCACUUGUGGCCAAGUUGAUACUCGCUUAAGAAUGAACUGUAACAGCGUGAGCGGUUCUUGGGUGUUCAGUUUAUUAAGUCAUCCCUAGAGGCUAACCUAUAAUGGUAAGGUUUAUUGGACCAGACACCCAACGUAUCCGGUAACUUUCCAUGACGUAGAACAGGGCAGACACUAGCAAGCCAGCGGUGAAUGGCGUAAAAAGAUAACCUACGCUCAAAACUAUGUUUAUAAUAGGUCAGGCGUUACGUCUGUGGGUUUUAAAACCCUUCGUAUGAUAUAUCCAUUGGUCAGUUUAUAUUGAACUUGGGCACGAGAUUUUUGCGAAAUACACAUUUAUAAAGUAGCUAUUUAUAAAGUAGUUAUUAAAUGUUAAUGUAGUGGCAGGCAUUAUGGUGAUUAUAAAACUCUAGUCCAGUCCUAAGAUUAUACUAUAUGAUAAUUGUAAUAUGCGAAUCUGACCCUGAUCUGGUGUUCAUAAAGUUAAACGGCUCUUGUGCAAAGAAAUGCAGUAAGGAUCUCUCAGAUCCUUGCACUCCAACUGCACGAUCAGCAUUUCAACCGUGUGGGAUGUUCCACCGUGGCUUGACUUGUUUAUGCUAAACAUUGAUUAACGAAUGAAGCCGCCACCAGGAAACGAUGAUCUAAGUUACAUUAAUAGCGUUGUAAGGAUGGAAAGCUAUAUUGCUUAGUUAACAUAAACAAGUGUAUAUUAUUAGUCUCGCUUUUUGUCGCUAAGACGUGUAUUGCAACAGAAUGUAUGUGUUAAGUUAUAUAUAGUAGGGUGGGGCAAGAUGGUCAAUGGUUUCAUUCACUUUGACGUCCCAUAACUGAACCAUCUUGCCCCAACCUAUAAUCAGUAGGAAUGUGAAUAUAUAGGUUAAACGUCAUCCAACCGCAAAAUAACUUGACUACGUGUUAACCAGCGGGGUUAAUUCAAUCGAAAACUGAUUUUAACGUUGAGUUAGUUUUGUUUGUGUAUUUCUGAUUAGAAUCUGUGCUGCGUAUUGUUAACCAAGCGUGGGCGUUCAAUUAAAGCUACACGAUUCAGGAUGUGCGUGAAUACGUGGCAAUGUCUGGCAUGUAGAUAUUUAAUCCAAGCAUGCUCGUUGUAUUUAUCAUUCAGUAGUGUAGAGACAGUAGUAGAUUAAAGCAUUAUUUCACUGAAACUGUUAAAAUUGUUUAAAUUGAAGAAAAAGUUUCGGCGGGAGAGUUUAAAGUAGCACCUGAUGGGAAACCCCCUUCAUCGAUAAUGGUCAACUUCUCCGAAUCUUCCCCUUUCGAUUACAUUCGUUACGUCAUCAGUUUUACGUUGCUGUCGUUUUCCAUCGCUGUGACGUCAUAUGCAAUAUUUGAAGGAAGGACAGGGUUCUGGCCUCAAGUCCCAGGUCCGGCAGCUUUUGCUUUGUUCCUGGUUUGUCUGUUUCUGCUUGGAGUUGUAGAAGGCCUCCAGAUUUCUCUUGUUGAGUUAAAACGAAUGCAUCCUGGUACUUACAAAACCUCUUACCCACGAGCUUACAAGUUAAGUUGCAUCGCAGGAAAAGGAGACAAUGUUGAAAGGUUUCUUAUGGGAAGACAGGUGUUCGUUGUAUUCUUAGUUUUCUUUAUCGCCAAACUGACAACGAUCGUUCUAGAGGAUUUGAAUUCUGAUUUCUUUUUCCCGGUUCCACACUGGUUAUAUGUCAGUCUCCUUGAAACAGGUUUCAUAACCUGCGUACUUGUGGUCAUAGUUGCCCAACUAAUGCCGCAAAUUGUCGCCGCCAAGUUUCCUGUACAUUUCCUUGACAUGCGCAUUAUGUUUAUUGCAUAUUACGCUUGCAUAUUCGUUGAGAUGUCUGGCGUAACCCAUGCUUGCUGGUUGUUAUCUCAUUUAUUUGGAAAGUUAGCGGGAAUGAAAGACAAAAUCGAGGUAAAAGUUUCGCCAUCGUAUCCAGAUUCGGAUGAUUGUUUACCAACAUACGGGGAUAGUUGUGCGCAGGAUGGUGGUGACCAUGAUGUAAAGAUUGCGCUUCGUAAAGUUGGGGAGUGUAUUCAGUCAGGUCUACCAACAUACGAUGCACAAAGCACGAUUGACAAGAUACGUAGCGUAAACAAAGGCAUUGACGUGGAGUUAUCCGAAGACAAGCAGAGGAUAUUAAGAUGUUAUUUGGACAAUCAUCCAGAAAAGUUUUACGCAUUUCCAAGCGUUAUUGGAAACAAGUCCUUUAUUUUGUACCCAGGCUUUCCCCGCACCCCAAGAACUAGCCGAGCAAUUUCGGAGGAUGAAUUCGGAAGUUCCCGGAUUUCUUCGGGAUAUUUCGGAUCCCGGUCACGUGCCACCUCACAUCGUGGCUUGUGAAUUACUUCUGUUGAUUUCCGAAUUGAACGUCAGCUCUGGAAUUGGGGGCAUUGUGACGAACAAAGUGGAUUCUGGAAUGUCAUGAUUGUUCUACCGAUCGUUUCCGCUAUUACGCUAUUCUGCUUAGUUUGAUAGACAGCUCAACCACAAAGUUACAUACAUGGUAGCUCAUAAGACAUAAGUGGACACGACGUGUAUGAAAAACAAAACACCCGUGUUAUAAUUUCUAUCGAUUCCCCGCCAUGCGACGAUAAAUAAGUUAUGAACAUUCAUUCUGAAUAGAUGCAUUAACUCUCUUGUUCUAAAGGGUAUCGUAUUUUGUUUUCAAAUUGAAAUUUGGUAUACUACUGCAGGUAUUAUUUACUGUUGGAACGUUCUAUGAACUUUGUAUUUUCAUUAUUUUAACCGCAAAUGCCGUUUAUGUAAUUUGUGUUCCUAGAAAAUGUUUAAAUAUCUAGUCUUAUUGCGAAAAUUAUAGAUAAAUCAGUUUGUUUUAAUAUUUUAUACGAUAUUUUGCUUAACAUUUGUGUAUUUGACUUUUUAAAGACAAUGGUUUUCAAUAAACUAGGUAGUCAAAUAUUA